UGCUUAAAUAAAAGCCAUUGGGAAGCAGCGGAACCGGGACGGGACCGGGAGGGCGCCGGGACGGGACCGGGGAGCGCGGAGCAGCAGGACCACGCCCCUUCCCUCUGACCACGCCCACUUCGUCUGCUCCGCCCCUUGCUCCGUCCCUUUCUCUGGGCGGGAAGGGCUCGCGCCAGGCCCCGCCCCUCUCCUCGCCGUGAGGCGAUUCCCCCCCCCCCCGCCGGCUCCCCCUCAGCCCCGCGGCGCUCCCGGGACCCCCCGAGGCCCCCGGGACCCCCGACACCGCCCCGGAGCACCCCGAACACCAUGGCUGCAGAGGUUCCCUGCGCCCCGGGCGCCGUCAUCCCCCUGCCAGCCCCUGCCGAGAGCGGCUGCUCGGACGAAUUCGCCCUGGACUGCACCUUCGCUGCCUGCGACCCCGAGCGUACAGGGCUGGUGCAGCCACAGCGGGUGGUGGAGUACGUGGCGGCCAUGACUGGGCACAGCGGGCACGACGGGCGGCUGCGGGCGCUGCAGCGGGCCCUGGACCCCGCGGCCGCGGGCAUGGCGCUGGACUGGAGCCGGUUCCGCAGCGCCAUGGGCGCCUGGAUCGCAGCGUGCCGGCAGGAGGGGGCCGAGGAGCAGGAUGUGGCCGCUGGUGACACUGGACCAGUCAGUGGUGCUGACCCACGGCUCCGUCCAUGCAGGGCCGAGGAGCAGGACGUAGCCACUGGAGCAGUGCCAGCAGAGGAGGAAGGACACGCAUCUCCAGCAGCCGCCCAGCUCCAGGGUGACAACACAGACGCCACCAGCCCCAGCGCCGAGGCCGCGGGGCUGCGGAGCCGUGCCCGGCAGCUGGCGGCCCAGAACGCCAAACUGCAGCGGGACGCCGAGCUGGCCGAGGAGCUCAACGCCCGCCUGGCCGAGGAGAUUGCACAGCUCCAGGCACAGCUGCGAAGCAGCCGGCAGGCGCUGGAGCAGGCCAGGGCGGCCGUGGAGGAGCUGGACGACAUGAAGGCCGUGGUGAAGCGGCUGGAGGAGGAGAACACCGAGCUGCGGCGGCAGGCACGGCACGCGGAGAAGGAGCAGCGCAGCCUGUGCUCACGGGCCGAGGGCCUGCAGGAGGAGGUCAGCCUGGCGCUGGGGGCUGCCCCAGCGGGGCAGUGCCACAGGAAACCCCAGCCCUGUUUCACCCCUGGCAGAACCAGCGGCUCCUCGCCGAGGGCCAGGGACUGCGGGAGCAGCUCCAGGCGCAGGCGGCUCGGGUUGCCAGCCUGGAGGCCCAGCUCUGCCGUGACACUGCCCUGCUCUCUGCCCGGGACACAGCCCUUGCCCAGGCCCUGUCCCACAGGCAGGGCAGAGGGCGCAGGAGCUGACGGCAGCACUGGAGGAGUACGAGCGGAUGGUGCAGGAAUUGCGCCUGGAGACGACACGGCUGCGGCAGCAGCUGGGCCAGAUGCGGGACGCCUGGGCCAUGCGCCCAUGGUGCCCGCGCGGCCAGCUGGAGCUCCAGGCCACGGCCACGGCGAGCCCGGUAAGGGUGGGCUCAGGGGGGCCCUGCAGGGCCACCCCAGCCACUGACUGACCCCGAGGCUCUGCCCAGGGCACGGGGGACAAGGAGGAGGAGGAGGAGGACACAGGGACAGGAGGAGGAGGCCUGGAGGGCAGCCCCAAGGAGGUGGCCAAGGCGGUGGCCCCCCAGGCGCCGCUGUCACCGUGGACGCCGCUGCUGUCACCGU